AUCGCAUUAACUAAAAAAAAUCUAACUCUUUGUUUCCAUACUUAACUGAGUUAUAUUUUCCUUUAGAGCUAGUGCAGAAUUUUGGCUAUCGGUGGAGGUGCAGAUUUAUUUCAGAAAAAAUGAAAAUCCUGAAAAAAAAUUAUAGCUAAUUAUUUGUAAUGUUUCCUUUAUGUAUGAAAGAAACGGGAAGUAUCUGAGAUUUAAUGCACGUAAAUAAUAUGUUGCAAAGCCUCUUAAAAUUUAAAUUUGAGUCAUACACAAGUUCCUGAUACUAUAAUUUAUGGCUGGGAAGAAAAGGCCGCCUAAAUUGGUGCUUGUAGAAGAUGUGAAAGAAGAAUCCUUAGCACCUCCAAGAAAUUUAGACAAAAGAACUACAAUUACAAUUGAUGAAAAGGUGUUUGAAGUUGAAGCAGAUGAUUUGGAAGCUAUCUGUGAAUUAGGACGAGGUGCAUAUGGUGUUGUGGAAAAAAUGCUUCACAGGCCAAGUCAAACAGUAAUGGCUGUAAAGAGAAUUACUGCGACAGUAAAUACCAAGGAACAGAAGCGCCUUCUCAUGGACUUAGAUAUCUCAAUGCGGAGUAGUGAUUGUCCAUAUACUGUACAGUUUUAUGGUGCAUUAUUCAGAGAAGGUGAUGUGUGGAUAUGCAUGGAAGUUAUGGACACUUCACUAGAUAAAUUUUAUCCAAAAGUGUACCAUGCUAAGGAAACUAUACCAGAAGAAGUGCUAGCUAAAAUAGCAUUUGCUGUUGUUAGUGCUCUGCAUUACUUACAUAGCAAUUUAAAAGUAAUUCAUAGGGAUGUUAAGCCUUCAAAUAUCCUUAUUAGUCGCAGUGGGGCAGUCAAAUUAUGUGAUUUUGGAAUAUCUGGUUAUUUAGAAGAUUCUAUAGCAAAAACUAUAGAUGCUGGCUGCAAACCUUAUAUGGCUCCUGAGCGAAUAGAUCCAGUUGAUAAUAAACAAGGAUAUGAUAUAAGAUCAGAUGUAUGGAGCCUAGGCAUAACAAUGUAUGAAUUAUCUAUGGGAGUCUUCCCAUAUCGGACUUGGGGCACACCUUUUGAACAACUGAAACAAGUUGUUGAAGAUGAUCCUCCACGUCUUCCAAGCGGUAAAUUUUCAGAAGAACUUGAAGAUUUUGUAGCUAAGUGGUAA